CGGGCAACUGGUUCUAGUCGAGUGGUUUAAGUUCAAUACGGUUUAAUUUAAUUUAAUUUAAAUCUUGAGUAAACUGACUUUGCGUCUCGCUUCCGCCGCAGAGCGGCGAUGGAGACGAGGACACGCGAAGCCCCCCCCGCGUCUCCUGACGUCCAAGGUCUCCUCUCCUCUUUUAUUACGUGAGAUAAUACAACGUUAGUUUCCUUCGGACCCCGCCUCUCAGCUGAAACCGACCAAUCAGUGAUGGUUAUGGAGGAUGAUGGACGACCCCUCAGCCAAUCAGAGCCGGACACCCUGCCAGCCGUGGGCGGGCCAGAACGGCUGGUCCCCAGCGUCCCCUCCAGGUCCCCCCUGCGACCCUCUGCCCGGCCUUCAGCGUCUCAGCCUGAGCUCGCCCUCUGACCUGAGACCCGACCGCGACCGGCUGCAGGGCUCCACCCACGGCUGCCGGGGCGACCGCUCCGCCUCUCCACCCGGAGGCCGCGCUCAUCUCGGCGCCCUGGACCCUCGCAACGCCGAGCACAGUGUCCGUGCCCCGUCAAUGGCUCCGGCCGCGGGCCGGGGAAGACGUAUCCCCCCGUGUUCCCUCCCUCUCGUGGAGGAAGGCUCGCAUCCCCGCAGGGUGCCACAGAUGCCAUUUUACUCCCCUCACAGUCCCUAUCGAGGGAUGUCUCCCCCUUUCCAGCCCCCGUACUCACCCGAUGGGCCGAUGCCCUCGCAUCAAAACCACCUGCCCGCUGGCUCGCCGUCACCGGGCGCGAACAGUCCUCUGUGCACACCUCGGCCCGUCUUUGAGAGGGCGAAUGCGGAGUCCGCGGCCGCCUCCCAGCAGCCUCACUGGACGCUCGCUGCACCCUCAAGGGGAACCAUCAACCAGUUUGUUCCCGAUGCAGCUGCACCGCACCGGAACGUCACGCCUCAGUCCCCCACCGCUGAGUCUCGUUACGGCCUGGACCCGGAGCUGCUGCCCAGCGUCGUGAAGGUGAUUGCAGAGGACGCGGCGGAGUGGGAGGGCAAGGUCUUCGCCUCGGAGCCCUUUUCCCGUCUUCCCCCGCUGGCGACCACGUCCUGCAUCAUGGAGGACCGGGGUAACGCCAGCCCCCUCGCCAUCCGCUCCGCCUCCUACUGCGUUCCCUGCGAAGGCCAGACGGCGCUCCUGAGCCGCCUGCCGCUGGCAGCUCUGCUGACUCCUCUGGCCCGACUGAGCGAGCCGCUGGCGCUGAGCAGCGAGGCGGCGUGCGUGACGGGCUGCGGCUCCUGCGGCGCCUCCAUGUGCCCGGCGAUGGGCUGGCAGGACUGCGGUCAGAGGUUCUUCUGCCCCUUCUGCGGUAAACUCAGCGAAGUGCCGUGGCACCAGUACCAGCCCACCAGGGGGCCGGAGGGCGUCCGGGUGGACCGAGACCAACGGCCCGAGCUCAGCAUGGGGUCCUACGAGACGCUCGGCCCUCAGACGGGGGAACCUGCUGCCCUGAUUCUGGCCGUGGAUGUUUCCGCCUCAGCGGUGAGAGGAGGACAUUUGGAGUUUGCCACUCAACAAAUAUUCACUCUGCUCACCUCUCUGAACAGCGGGGACGGCGUCCGCGUCGGCCUGAUGACGUACGACAGCAGGAUCCACCUGUACGACCUGAGCCCGGCUCUGACCCGCCCGCACAUGCUGGUCAUCGCCGAGGCCGAAGAGCUGCAGCUGCCCGUGAGGGAGGGGCUGCUGGUGCCCCUGGAGGACUGCAUCCACGGCAUCCACAGCGUGUUGCAGCUGAUUCCCCAGUUCAGUCCGGAGGGUGGAGGCUCGGGUGGAGUCCCCGUGGAGCUGCCGGUCAGAGCCGGCCUCGCCGUGCUGCAGGCCCUGAGUUGUCCCGGCAAGCUGCUGGUCUUCCACGCGGCCCCUCUGGUAGAGACGGGGGACACUAACCCGUCCUCGGGCUUCUUUGGCUCCAACAAAGCGAAGUCUAUCUUUCAGCCGUCGGCGCCGGCCGUCUCAUUGGCCGAGCAGUGCGUCGAGCAGGGCUGCGGCGUUCACCUGUUCGUCCUCUCCCAGCAAGACGUGGGCGGGGCUUGGCCGGGUCACAUUCCGUACCUGACGGGUGGAGCUCUGCACGCCUACGACCACCUCCAGGGAGAACUGGACCGAGAGCGUUUCAGCGCGGAUCUGAAGCGCGCCGUAGAGACGGACACCGGCUACAAGGCCGAGCUCAGGGUUUUUGUCAGCAAAGAUGUGCGCGUGUCCGGCUGUUACGGGCUCUUCCUCCCCGGGGACAGCCCCGGCCGGGUCGCCAUGGCGACCCUCGAUCGGAGGACAACGCUGGCCGUGGAGCUCGCGCACAACCGAGCGCUGGACGAGACGAGAGGUGUGGCCGUGCAGGCUGUUUUGUCCUACAGCACCCAGGCGGGAUGCAGGAGGACGCGGGUCCACACGCUGACGCUGCGAUGCUCUCGACACCUGCAGGACACUUUCCGGCAGUACCAGGCCCAGACGUUACUCACCUUCUACUGCAAAAAGAUUUACUGCUCGGUGUUGGAGCGCCCUCUACAGGAGCUGAGGGAGGAGCUGCAGACGGAGGUGACGGAGGCCCUGGCCUCCUACCGCAAACACUGCUGCUCCGCCUCCGUGUCCGCCGGACAGCUGGUCCUCCCUCAGUACCUGCGUGCACUUCCUGUUUACAUCAACAGCCUGAGGAAGAGCGAGGUGCUGCUGCCGGGCCUGCGGAGCUCCGUCCACCAGCGGCUGCAGCAGCGCUGCCAGGUGCUCGCCAUGGACGCCGCCGCCACCUCCGCCCACUUCUACCCGCUGCUGCUGCCUCUGCCGCUCUCGGUGGACGGCGCCGCCUUCUCUCCGCACGCGGGGGAGGCGCUGCGCUGCUGCGCCGCCAGCAUGGAGCCCGGACGUCUGUAUUUGGUGCACGCGCCCCUCACCCUGCUGCUGUGGGUGGGCUCCCGAGUCCCAGCAUGCACCCUGAUGGCGCUCUUCAACGCCGGCUGCUUCUCCUCGCUGCCGUCCGGAGAGACCAAGCUGCCGGUUCUUGAGAACCGCCUGUCGGCCCGCGUCCGAUCCCUCGUCCACGCACUGAACUCCGAGGCGCCCUGCGCCCGCAAGCUGUGGGUGGUGAAGCAGGGCGACGCCUGCGAGGAGGUCCUGCAGCGCCACCUGGUGGAGGACAAGAGCCCCAACGGGGGGGCGUCCUACGCCGACUUCCUCUACCAUCUCCACGUCAACUCCGUCCGGCUCCUGCAGUGACUCCCCGGUGGGGGUCGCAAGCAAAAAGGACUCAACCGCGUUAUUAAAAUAUGGAAGGCCUGUUUUUAAGAGUGCAGCGAUGCGCUGGAAGUGUUGAAUGUGAUCUGUGCUGUUCUGAAAAAUGUGGUUAUGAUGUUAAUUUAUUCUUGUGUGUGUGUGUGUGUGUGUGUGUGAUGCCCACAGUGGGUUCUGUAUGUGAAUAACUCAUAAUUAAAUCCAUGAAGGCUUUAAUUGAACCUUGA